AUGUCUUCUCUCUCUUCUCUCUCUCUCUCUCUCUCUCUCUCUCUCUCUCUUUCUGUAUUAUGCCUUCUCGCUCUAUCUAAGCUUCUACCUCAUAGUGAUUCUCUCUACAUCUCCUUGGCUCUCGCGUUCGCCUUACUGGCCUUGGCUUCACCCAGCCCGAAAAAAUUCGGAGGAGGAUUCGGAGGCGGGGGAUACGGGGGAGGAGGAUUCGGAGGAUUCGGGGACGGGGGAUUCGGUGGAUUCGGGGGAGGGUUCCCAAUUCUCCCGCCACCUAUAAUCCACGCCCCACCCCCGGUCCCCAUCCAUCCGAAAUUCAUCCACCACGAGCCAAUCCACAUCCACCAUAAGCCCAUCGUCCUGCAGCCGCUGGUGGUGGAGAAGCCCGUGGUGAUCGAGAAGGAGGUGGUCGUCGAGAAACCCGUGGUCGUCGAGAAGGAGGUGGUGGUCGAGGUCGAAAGGCCCGUGGUCGUCCCAGCGCCCAUUCCCGUUGGGGUCGGCAUUGGAGGAGGCGGCUUCGGAGGAGGCGGCUUCGGAGGUGGGGGCGGUUUUGGAGGCGGUAAGGGUAUUGGCUUCGGAGGAGGUGGUUUUGGAGGCGGUAAGGGCGUCGGCUUCGGAGGGGGCGACUUCGGAGGGGUCGGCUUUGGGGGAGGGAAGGGCGUCGGAGGGGUCGGCCUUGUUGGGGGGGGAAGGGCAUCGGUGGGGGGUAUCAUUGAUAUUUUUUUGGGGGGAAGGGAAAAUGAAGUUUGGAUGAAAAUGAAAUUGGGUGAAAAUGAAGCUUGGAUGAAAAUGAAGUUUGGAUGA